CACAUUGUCCUUUAUUUAAAUUAAAAAUAAAUUACUGAAAAUUCGAAGUGAAAAGUUUGUCAUGUAUUAUAUAGGACGUUUCCUGUAACUCGCGAUAUUCAAAAAUAUCUAGUGAGAGACCGAACCCAUCAAAAAGAUAUUUUUGUAAAUAUUGUUUGCUUUGAAGGGAAAUUUCGUAUGGUACAAAUAAUUAUUUUAUAGAUCGAAUGUUGGAAACGAAAUUUCAAAGUCAAAUUCAUUUUUUUCAAAUGGAACCAUAUAUUUUUCAUAGUACGAUGCCAUUUGUUAAUACAAGUUUAACGAACUAUAAGCUUUGUGAUCUUGAGUGAAAAAAGUUUACAAAAUUUGGUGCAAUUUAUACAGAAUGAAAUAAUCAUUGAACCACUUUUUAUUGAUGGUAAUUUGAACGAUCAAAAAUUCUAAUUUUCUAAGUAAAGUAUAGUUAUCCGUUAAUUUGAAUUGUAAGAAUGUAUGCGACAAAUUGGAUAAUUUGUUAGGAACAGUUAAGGCCCAGUCACAUUUGGUGACUUUAUCCGCUGCUAUCAUGUGACAGGUUAAUCGUCGCUACUAUUUCAAGUAACGGUUAUAAACGCUGGAGGUGAUUUGAAUUAAACAUGUUCAAUUCUACUUACCAGGAGCAUGCUAUUUUAGUGAUCAUGUGACCUAGUCGCCGUGAGAAAUUUCUGUAACCAUCGCAUGCGAUAAGGUAAUCGUGGCAUCGUUUCUACUUAGCACGUGCUGCAACUUGUAUUGGGAUUAUAUUAUUAUAUAUCGUUUCUUGUUUAUCAUAGCUGAUGUAGUGAAAGCAGAGAAGCGACUGGAAGCGUUCCAAGUCCCAUCGCUAGUAACUAUACGUGACAAGUUAAUAGUACUUAAUGUGACAAUUUAGUCGUUGCUUUUAACAGCGAUGAGUAAAUUGGCCACGUGUAACAGCCAAAGAACCUGAGUGCUUCCAAAGAUUUUGGGAAGUAUGCGAAAAUCGUUAAAGACAUUUCGGAAGUGAGUUAUGCUACGCGAAAGUGAUACGUCUCUAUGGUUAUAUGCAUACUGUCGAACAGUCUAUCGACCAGUUGGUGACUAGAUCGACAAACGAUUAAAAAAACCAGGCGAUCAAAUUCGCCGAUCAAACGAAUCGCGCGUUUUUGUAUUCAUCAGUGAUUCGCUGGUAUAGACCAGUGAACUGCAUUGAAUUAAAUGCACUCACCUGUAUCACAAACAAAUUCUUUUAAGAUCAAAUACUGGCAAAUGUGUUCAAGAGGUCCAAGAUGACCGUCUUCACUGCCUAUAUGUAAAUUUGCCAUUGAGAUUAAAUAUUACGAUAUCGAUAAAUUCGAGUCGCAAAGUUUGGUCAUCUGCUUUUCUGUGACUGAUUGUUGGCAACCUGCUUACCGUUGACAAUCGAUAAUGCACACAUUUUCUAAAUUUGUUUUUUUUUUAUGUUUGUUCCUUUUACUAUACUUCUAUAUAGAUAUAUAUCCGUCUAUAUAAAUUAAAUGCAAUAUUUCAAUUAAUUUAUACGUCCACGACUUUAUUAUAAAAGAAAAUUUUUCAACUGAAAUUGAAUAUCAAAGCAGUCUGUAAAUUGUUUUUAAAUUCUGUAAUAUUGAAUACUGCUUCUUUGGAAGUUAGUAUUGCAGUGUGUGAGUACUUGUUUCGAAACCCGACUGCUGUAAUUUUUUAAAAGGAAUAGGUUUACAGAUUUAAAUUUUAAUAUCAAUAUGAGUAGUAAUAAUUAAUUAUUAAUAAGGAUCAAAUUGUUAUAAAUGCCGAGAAUUGCUUUAUAUCAUUAAUUUGCGCAUUCCUUACAUCAUUAUUGAUGGUAAUACGCAAAGUAAGCGUAAAGUAAACGUUAAAUUAGCGCAACGUAAACGUAAAAUAAACACAAGGUAAGUGCACAAUAAGCACAAAAUGAAUUGCAGAAUGCAUGGUAUAGACUAUAAGGUAAAAGUAGAACGAGGGUAUAAAGUAAACGCAGAAUAUGUGAUAUAAGAUAAGCGCAGAACGAUAGCGUAAGGUAAGUACAGAAUAAUGGUAUAAGAGAUGCGCAAUAUAAUGAUGUAAGGGAUGCAUAAAAUGAUGGUGUAAGGAAUACGCGAGUAUAAUGCGAAUACGCGAAUAUGCGAGUAUGCGAUUGAACAUUUAUGAGCAUUCAAAUUGUCAUCGAUAAAAAGUUGAACGAUUAUUUCACUUUGUAUUAAUUGUCCAAAUUUUGUAAAUUUUGUUUCAUUCAAUUAUAGUAAUAUAGUCCGUUGAAUUUGUUUCAAAAAUUAUUUUAUAUAAGAAAAAUAUAUGAUUUCAUUUAAAAGAAUGCAUCCGACUUUGAAAUUUCUUCCAUUACUCGACAUGCAAAAAAAUUAAUUGCUAUAUUAAUUACUAUAUGAUAUUUUCCUUUAUACUAAACAAUAUUUCUAAAAACUUUUUUUAUUUUAUUCUUUCGAAAUUUUAUAAAUAUGUUCCUACGAAAUAAUUUAUAAAUAUGUUCCUUACGAGAUAUUCCUAUAUUGAGAGUUGAAGGAAACACCCUGUAUAAUACGUAUUUAUGCAUAUGUAAGCAUGUAUGUGUAUCCUAUUUUAGAAUAUCAAUCUCAUCCUAUCGAACCUUGCGGAUAAAAUGGAGAGACAAAUGCGUGAGUUUCCAUAAGGGUACAGCCAGAUCCCAGCUAAUACUCACACGCAUCGGUUCGGCCAUCUGCCAUUAUCAUUUUGCUAACUAACUUAGUAACUUCGUUUUCGUGACUACAUAUGUUUCGAUACGAAUAUAGUGUGAAGUUUAAUUUUUCUUAGAAAUAAUUAAAGUGUUAUUGAAAUAAAUUUACUGAUUUUUAAUCAAUUGUAUUAAUGGACAGAUUGUUUAAUCAUAUCAUUAUUCAGCGAUUAAUACUAAUUAAGUUUGCUAUUACUAUUCUUACAUAUGUCUAUGUUAACGCCGGAAAUUAUCAAAACGAAUGGGUUUUGCGAAUCAAUGGUGGAGCGGAUGUAGCAUCUCUGCUGGCAAAACGAUUCGAUUAUACUUAUCUUGGCCCGGUUCAUGGAUUCGAAGACACGUAUAUAUGGAUUAAGAACGAUAAACCAGGUCAAAAGAAAAGAGGCUACGUUUCGUCAACGGCAACCUUUAAUUCGAGCUCCAGGAUCAGUUGGGCCGAGCAGCAGAAAAUCGUACGUCGAGAGAAACGUGACUACGUGUCUCCAUUGAUAUUUGAUUCAGAGAAACCUUUGAGGCGAGAAAAGCGUCUCCCAUGGAGUUUAUAUGGAAUAUUAUCGAAUACGAUCGAGGGCGAUGAGAGAAAACAUCCAUCUGUUUAUUUGACGAAUACAUAUAAUCUAAAUCGCAAAGCUUUAUUUAACGAUGAGCUUUGGGACUUAGAAUGGUAUUUGCAAGAUACUAGGACGAGCAAGAAACUUCCAAAAUUAGAUCUCAACGUGUUGCCAGUUUAUGAGUUGGGAGUGACUGGACGUGGAGUGAGAAUUGCCGUUUUAGACGAUGGCCUGGAACACGAUCAUGAUGAUUUACGUAAUAAUUAUGAUCCGGAUAUCAGUUACAACGUGAACGAAGGUAGCAACGAUCCAAUGCCACGAUACGAAGCCACGGGAGCAAACGCUCACGGAACAAGAUGUGCCGGUGAAAUAGCAAUGGAAGCAAAUAAUGGAAAGUGUGGAGUUGGUGUGGCUUUCGAAGCGUCCAUAGGUGGAAUCAAAUUACUCGAUGGUCUUGUGAACGAUCGAGUCGAGGGUGAAGCACUUGGAUUCAAGCCGGAAAUCGUUGAUAUUUAUACGGCUUCCUGGGGACCACCGGACGAUGGAAAAAGUUUGGAAGCUCCUGGAAGACUCGCGAAAGAAGCGAUCGAUCGUGGUAUCAGUAAGGGAAGAAAUGGUAAAGGUAGUAUAUACGUAUGGGCGUCGGGUAAUGGUGGAUCAAACUAUGAUAAUUGUGGAUGUGACGGUUACGUUGGUAGUAUAUAUACCGUGGCAAUUGGAUCGGCAAGUCAAACUGGUCGAUCUCCUUGGUACAGUGAAAAAUGUCCUGCGAUAUUAGCGACCACGUAUAGCAGUGGAGCGUAUCAAGAUCAAAUGAUCGCGACGACUGACCUACGAAACACUUGUACAACUAAACAUACUGGCACUUCCGCUUCUGCACCCUUAGCAGCUGGAAUAUUAGCUCUUGCUCUUCAAGCGAACAAAAACUUAACGUGGAGGGACAUUCAACAUCUGAUCGUUUGGACAUCUGAGUAUAGAUCAUUAAAUGAAAAUCCUGGAUGGUUGAAGAAUGCAGCAGGGUUUUGGUACAAUUUACAUUUCGGUUUUGGUCUUAUGAAUGCGUACGCCCUCGUGAAUUUCGCACGUAAUUGGACGAACGUACCUGAGAAGAACAUAUGCGAAGUCCCCAUGGAAUUUAUAUUGGAUAGGAGAUUGAUUCACGGAGUGGUUAAAACAUUAUAUUUUGAAGCAAACAACAAAUGUUCGAGUAACGGAAAUGAGAUAGGUUUUUUAGAGCACGUCGAGAUUGAGGUGAAUCUCGAAUAUACUCGUCGUGGGGUUUUGGAAAUGUAUUUGAUUGCGCCGUCAGGUACGAAAGUACAAUUAUUGGGUCCGAGAAAAUUGGAUGAUUCUUCUGAAGGUUUCAACAAAUGGAAAUUCAUGUCCGUGGCUUCUUGGGGCGAAGAUCCUCAUGGUACUUGGAUCCUACACAUAUUCGACAAGAUUGGCUCAACGAGAUACAAUGGUGCAAUCAGGGAAUUAAAAUUAAUUCUUCACGGUACAAAACGGCUUCCGCAUUAUCGAGAAUACGAGUCGAAAAUUUACGAUCGUGAAUACAAUCGCAAACGGAAAGUCAUGAGUAAAAUGAGUGCUUUUCGAACGAACGAAGAAAAAAGGAAAAAAGCAAACCUUUGAUAAAACGAAAACUACGUCGGCUCUUUAUACUCGAUCUUUCGAACGGAAGUCGAUCGAACGUUUGACCGAAUUAAAUUUAAAUCCAUGUUUCUCAUCCCUUCUUUCGCUCUCUUGCAGAAUUUAUAUCUCCGUUGGAGUGGGAAAGAACGCAUGGAUAUUCGUUUAAAUGAAUUGUAACGCU